AAAUUGAAACAUUAUCAAAUAUAUCUAACAUAAAAACCCUUGUACUUUUGAUAAGUUUGUAUUCCACAGUGAGUGAGUGAACAGAAAUAAUCACACAAAAUGAGGCUGGAAUAUGCAUUACUUUUAAGUGUGUUAUUGGAUAUGGCGAAGUGUGCAAUUGACUUUACUGAUUGUGGAACAAUAUUAGAAGUAACUGAUGUGAAAUUUGGUAAUUGUAUACAAACACCUUGCACAGUUGAACGAUACUCUGAAGUGUCGGUCGAAAUUGAGUUGAGUCGAAAAACUCAUGUUCCGCCAUUGGAUUCUGUGAGUGCAGUUGCUGAAUAUGUCCAUCGAGGCAUUUCUUGGGAGUUGGGGAUAUCCCCCAGCGAUACAUGUACGACUUGGACAUGUCCACUACAAGAUGUAAAUACAUAUUCAUAUCAAGCGAAAAUUUCUUUUGAACCUAUUAGUUAUUUGAGACCAGGAGAAGUAUUAAUAAAAACCUUCAAUACCUUGCAACCUGAUGGAGAUCCCAUUUUCUGCGCAAGUUGGGACAUUAAUUUUGUUUAGUAUUAUUAAAUUUUUCGAAUUAAAAUAUUUAUUAAAAAUAAUAA